GCAUCUUCAAUAUAAUAAUAUAGAGCCAUAAAACUAGCUCAGUGAUACCCGUGACCCCAUUUUUCCCCCUUCCACUAAACACUAGACCUACAAUAAAUUAACAUUAAAAUCAUCACCAAAGAAAACCCAUUUCAUUAUUCUAUUCUUUAAGGCACUUUCUUGUGUUGAAUGAAAAAAAGAAAGUUAGAUAUACAUGUCUAGAGGUUGAGUUCAACUUGUAUAGAAAAAAAUGCCGAUGAGUUCAAGUUCAUUUAUGAGGCAACUGAGUGGUAAAGAAGGGUGGAGAUCAACGUCGAGGAGAUGGGGUGAAAAUUGGAAGCAAAUGGAGGCUGGGUUUAACAAUAUGUGUGGAGGAGGAAAUGGGUAUAAUGGUGGUGGUGGGUUGGUUAUGAGGAAGAGAGUAAUGGUGGUGGUGGAUCAAAGUUCACAUACAAAGCAUGCUAUGAUGUGGGCUCUUACACAUGUUACUAAUAAAGGAGAUAUACUCACUCUUCUUCACAUUGUUCCUCAUUAUUCUUCUUCUCCAUCUUCUUCUCAUUGUAGUAUUAAUAAGGGUUCUUCUUCUGAUUCAUCUUCUUCCUCUGCUGCUCAUCUUGCUAGUUCUCUUGGAUCUCUCUGUAAGGCUUGCAAACCUGAAGUUGAAGUGGAAGCACUAGUAAUACAAGGACCAAAAAUGGCAACAGUAAUGAGCCAAGUGAAGAAACUGGAGGUGUCUGUGUUAGUCUUGGGUCAGAAAAAACCAUCUUCUCUCUUUAGCUGUCUGUGUGGGAGGAGCAGUGAAGAGGAAUUUGUGGAACAAUGCAUCAACACAUUAGAUUGCUUGACAAUAGGAGUAAGGAAGCAAAGCAAAGGCAUGGGAGGAUACCUUAUCAGCACUAGAUGGCAGAAGAAUUUCUGGCUCUUGGCUUAAGUUUUCAUUUAGUUUAGAAAUUAAUGUUACUCACUAUAAUAUGGAUAAUAAUUUGUGUAGAGAGCUAUCGGUACUAGUAUUCCCUAAAAAAAAUUACUCUUCUGGUAUGUAAUUUUAUAUAUAUCGAAGUGCUAACUGAUAACUUGUUAUUUGUGCUAAAUACAAUUCUUGUGUUAUAUA